UAUAUGGGAUUGAACCAUAACAGCUGUCGCUACUAGUAAUGUGGUUGCAAGACUUCAAUAGCUCUCUGAGAGCAAUAGAAUUGAUGAAACUAUAUUAAUAAAAAAAAAAAAAUGAUGAUGAUGAUGCGGUGAUAUGGUUUAUCAGAACGAGAUGUGAAAAUGUUUUCGGUUACACUUUCAGAGCAGCAGCAGAAGAACUUGGCGAAGAACCUUGUGUCGUUCCUGUCGAGAUAUAAACACAUAUCCGACUCUUAUAUUAUUGAGUUUUUCAGUGAGAACCUGUGGGAGACACUGCCUGAAGAAUGGCGGAAAGCUUUACAAGAUUUAUCACCAGCUCAGGUAGCAAAUCUGCUGCUGGACAGAGAGACCAAGAACAGAGUCUACCCUUCUGUGUGGCCUCUGUCUUUACUGGCACUACGGGCCACGGCUCACACACUGGCAUUUCCUCGGAUGUCUCCAGCCACCUGCUCCAAGGACACAGUAAAACCAGAUGAAUUUGAUUCAAACAGCAGUCAAAGCUCCCUGCUUGGUCAUAUAUUUCGCAAACAUGUGAAACAAAAACAACAUGAGAUUCGUAAACUUGGCAUGUUGGUGAAGCAGCUUUGUGACCAGACAAGAUGUAGCAGUGUGGUUGAUGUUGGAUCUGGACAGGGCCAUUUGACCCGUUUUCUGUCAUUUGGGCUUGGUUUGGACGUAACUGCUAUUGAAGCUGAUCCCAAUCUAGUUUCCAUGGCUUCUAAAUUUGAUGGUGAGCUCCUGUUAACCCUGGCCAAAGAGACUCGAAAGACAGGCAUCACUCAAACAAUACCCGAUCCUGUACCCCGGCACUUAGUUGGCUGGGUUAACCCCAGAGACACAUGGGAGACUUUUCUUCAGCAGCUGGAGAAGAUGGAGAAAAACCGUGCGAGCUACCCGGCAGGACCAUGUAAAAAGAGACAGCGGGUAUCGAUGACAUCAGGCAAGGAAUGUGAGCUUGAAACGGAGCUUGUUUGUGGAAGCCAGCAGUCGUGCACAGGGGAAUGCAAUUUCGUAGCUUUCGCUGAUAAGAAUCCAGCUAGGUCUGUUCUUCAGCAACAUAAAAGAGAAAGCACUGAGCAUGUAGCUCUGUCAGACAAUGUUAUGGCAGAACAUCACCUUAAAGCUGGUUUGGAAUGGACUUCAUCCAUACUUCGGAGGACUCUUAGUAUUAAAGAACCUUUGAGCUUAGAUUUUGUACUAACUGGACUUCAUGCUUGUGGUGAUCUUAGUGCUACUCUUCUCCGCCAUUUUGCUAACUGUCCCCAUGUUCGGGGAAUCACCUCUGUUGCAUGCUGCUAUAUGAAAAUCACUACCAAAGAGAACUCCACACCUCCGGGAGUCAUCCUUCCCUCUCAGACUGAUAACACAAAUGAAGAACCACAGUUAGAAUAUGGCUACCCAAUGAGCGAGUGGGUGCGAGAAUUGCCCGGACACAUGCUAUCCUAUAAGGCCCGUGAAGGAGCGUGCCAUGCAGUCGAGGACUAUAUCCAUAGGUUGAGAGAUGAGAGUAUGUUGCUAAAAACACACUGCUACAGAGCAACCCUGGAGUGCAUCAUCAGAGAAGAGAGGCCUCAUCUACGCAGAGCAGGCAUCCAGACCAUUAAAAAAGCACAUAUGCUGUCUUUUGCAGAAUAUGCCCGUCUAGGGCUCUCCCGGGUUGGCUUGCCUGCCGACCUGACCUUUGACCCUGCCAGUGUGGAAAGCAUGCUAGAGCAGCAGGGCAGAGUGGUGAUAUAUUUCAGCCUGGCUUUGCUGCUGGCUCCAGUUGUGGAGGCUCUGGUUCUUCUGGACAGAAUUCUCUUCCUGCAGGAGAGAGGUUUUCAGAGCCAGCUCAUUCCACUGUUUGAUCCAGCAUUUUCACCUCGAAACCUUGUGCUGGUGGCAAUGAAAAAAGAUGCCAAAGAGGAAACACAGUAGAACAAUUUCUGCAAUUGCUGUCCAGAAUCCUUAAAAUGUUCAAAGAAGUAAACUAAUGAAAAUAAAGUAUGUUUAUUAAAGAAAUUAAAAUGUUGAAA